AGGAAGCCCCGCCUCCUUGUCGCCUCUUCUCUCCGCCAGUCCGCGAGCGAACGGCCUCGCCUUCGGAGUUGGAGCCCCUGAGCUGGGCGCCUGCGAGCGAGUGAGCGGGCGCGCGUCUCCCCGAGCUGGCCGCCUUCCUCCCGCCUAACCGUCGGCCAUGAGGCGCUGGGGCCAGGCCCGGGGGGCACGGCGGGGCGGCUGCUGCUGCUGCUGCUGAGGCGUCGCCGCCGCUCUUGCCGCCGCCGCCGCCGCCUCCCAGACAGAGGCAGGGAGCCCCUUCCUCACCGCCGCCACCGCCGCCAUGUUGGGCCGGGAGCCGCAGCGGGGCCGCUGCUGAGUCCCGCCGAGUCAAGAAGUGGACCCCGAGGACGACCCCCCCCCCCGAGACCCAGAGCCGCCGGCGCCAUGGCGGAGCAGACCUACUCCUGGGCUUACUCCCUUGUGGAUUCCAGUCAAGUAUCUACGUUCCUGAUUUCCAUUCUCCUCAUAGUGUAUGGCAGCUUCAGGCUGUGUCUUUCUAAGCCUCCGUUGCCAUCCUCCUAGUGACAGCGCUGCUAAAAAACCUCUAGCUGGACACAGGACAAGAAGGAAAAAAGGGGCUGGGACUUUGGAAAAAGGAGCUUCUUUUUCAGAAGCUGAGUUAUGUCUGUAUUCCUGUUGGAAAGCAAGGUCCCUCAAUAUGGACUUUGAGAAUCAAGACAAAGAAAAGGACAGCAGCAGCUCAGCUGGGCCCUUCAAUGGCAACAGCACAAACAACAGUAUCCAGACGAUUGACUCAACACAGGCGUUGUUCCUUCCCAUUGGUGCAUCUGUGUCUCUCUUAGUCAUGUUCUUCUUCUUUGACUCGGUUCAAGUUGUCUUUACAAUAUGUACAGCAGUCCUUGCAACAAUAGCCUUUGCUUUCCUUCUGCUCCCAAUGUGCCAGUAUUUAACACGCCCCUGUUCACCUCAAAACAAGAUAUCUUUUGGCUGCUGUGGGCGUUUCACGGCUGCUGAGCUGCUCUCCUUCUCGCUCUCUGUCAUGCUUGUCCUGAUCUGGGUCUUAACUGGGCAUUGGCUCCUCAUGGAUGCUUUGGCCAUGGGCCUAUGCGUUGCAAUGAUUGCUUUUGUCCGGUUGCCGAGCCUCAAGGUUUCUUGUCUGCUGCUCUCAGGCCUAUUAAUUUAUGAUGUCUUCUGGGUGUUCUUUUCUGCCUACAUCUUCAAUAGCAAUGUUAUGGUGAAAGUGGCCACGCAACCCGCUGAUAACCCCUUAGAUGUUUUAUCCCGGAAGCUGCACCUUGGACCAAACGUAGGUCGAGAUGUCCCUCGCUUGUCACUGCCUGGCAAACUUGUAUUUCCGAGUUCCACAGGCAGCCAUUUCUCCAUGCUGGGCAUUGGCGAUAUUGUAAUGCCAGGUCUUUUGCUUUGCUUUGUCCUACGUUACGACAACUAUAAGAAACAAGCCAACAGUGAUUCCUGUGGUACGCCAGGACCAGGGAACAUCUCUGGCCGCAUGCAAAAAGUCUCCUAUUUUCACUGCACUCUCAUUGGAUACUUUGUAGGGCUCUUAACAGCAACAGUUGCUUCUCGCAUUCACCGAGCAGCUCAGCCUGCACUGCUCUACUUGGUACCAUUCACCUUAUUGCCACUCCUCACUAUGGCCUAUUUAAAGGGCGAUCUGCGUCGCAUGUGGUCUGAACCAUUCCACUCCAAGUCCAGCAGCUCACGUUUCUUAGAGGUAUGAUGGCACAGAUGGAAAGUGACCGGAACUUCUGCCUGGUCCUUUUUUUCUUUUUCUUUUUUGGCUCACAGCUUGGUUGUCCGUCCCUGAAGCUGGGCUGGUACUUGGGAGAAUUUACCAGAUUGUGGAAAUUGUACAAAUGGAUUUUCUGCAUCAAAGGAGGAAAGAGCAAAGGUAUAGGGGGGGAAAGGGUGCUUUUCCCCUCCUGCCCUCGCUCUCUCCCUCCCUCUGUACUUGGAACUGGAGACAGUUUGCCAUGGCUGCCGCUCGUCCCUUUUUCCUUCCUCUCCUCCUGUUUACGGUUGAGUGCCAGACCAUCCGGUGUUUUCUGAGGAGAGGAGGAGACAGACUCGAUGGGGAAAACGGCGCAGUCCUUGAGGAAUUUGUGAACACUACAAGAAGAAAUUGCCGCCGCACUCGGAAUUUCUUGAAAAACCCCGCAAGUACUUUGGAACCGUUUUUUUCCUUCCCCCCCUUUGGACUCUGGUUUCGGAGAACCGGGACAGAAGUUGUUCUGUCACUAUAAUCUCUCCCCCCUCCAACUUUUCGUUGUUGACUUUAUUAAAUAUUUUCUGUGGUGUGAGGUGACUUAUUAAAUCCACAGACAUGGAGUAACUUCUUGCAGUACACAGUAUAAAGACUUUGUUGUAACAAGUUACAUUAACACCCAGAUGUCAUGUUGCAGUUGAAUAAGGGCACGACUUUUCUACACACAGACACACAUGCACGCACACACACAUACAUACACACAUGCACAUAUAGAAAUGUGAGAUAUAUAUCUAUAUAUGUGUGUGUGUGUGUGUGUGUGUAUAUAUAUAUAUAUAUAUAUAUAUAUAUAUAGGUAGAUAGAUAUCUGUGAAUGGAUAACUGCAAAGGAAAAACCUGCUAGGAUCAUGCUUUGUAGCUCACAGGGGCUUGCUGUAAUUUUUAGCAUGUAGAGCAGUUUACUCUGGCAUUCUUGUAUAUGGAUCUGCAAAUCCCCUGCUGUCUCUUCCCCGAACCCCAUGAGUGAAGCUUCAGGUUUGUUUUUUUUAAAGGAACAAGUAUAGUCUUUUGUACUGAGUGUACUCCUGGAUUUUAUGGGAUGAUUUGAUUUUUCAAUCAGUGUAGCAAACCUAGUGGAGGGAAAAAGCUGAAGCGCUUUGCCUCCAGCCCCCCUUUUUCUUUGUGGGUUUAUUUUUUAAAACACAUAACUUAUCCAUUACAGGUUUUUAGUCGCUCCUUUCUGGACCCUGUGCAUGUAUUAUAGCAGCCGUUGUCUUUGUGUGUUCUGAUCAUAGUAAUGUAUGACUUGUAAAUACAUUUUUUUCUAUUUUCUAUUUUUUGUAAUAUUUUUUUUGGCAUUGUUUCAUGAGUGUGCUGUAUCCCCCCCCCCCCGAUUCACCGACGUUUAAAAAAAAGAGAGCGAGAAGAGCGAGCAAGUGGGAACGCUGUCCUACGCUGUUGUGAUCGGUCAAAGUUUAUGACGACUGCUUUGUACCUCUUAAAACGUGGACUUUUCUAAACCCAU